AUGGCUAGUUGCGAGGAUGUUGAUGAAUCACGCAGGCUUCGAAUGCAACUGUCAAAAUUCGGCAGCGAAGAGGUGGAAGCUGUCAAUCCUGAUCACUUGCGGCUAUCGUUGCACUAA